GACAUUAGUCAAUGCUUACUAGUAUCUGAGUGUUAUCAUCUUCCCUUGUCCGGUUACAACUCGUCCAGCUCAAAAGAAAUAUAAAACGUGACUGAAUCCGACCAAGUGAAACUAGCAUUGAGUUUUGUUUAUUUCCCCUAUAAAGAAAGACAUUAGUCAAUGCUUACUAGUAUCUGAGUGUUAUCAUCUUCCCUUGUCCGGUUACAACUCGUCCAGCUCAAAAGAAAUAUAAAACGUGACUGAAUCCGACCAAGUGAAACUAGCAUUGAGUUUUGUUUCUUUCCCCUAUAAAGAAAGACAUUAGUCAAUGCUUACUAGUAUCUGAGUGUUAACAUCUUCCCUUAUCCGGUUAGAACUCGUCCAGCUCGGCAUAAAACCCCGUCUUCUGUUCGUCGCCUUCCCCAUUUCCACAAACCCCCUCAAGCCAAUCCAGCCACCCCUCCCCCAACUGCGAGAGAAGCUUUGAGGAGAACCCAGUUUUCAUUUUCCCACCCAGAUGGCCAUCGCCCACGCGGACGCGGUGAUGCCCUCGCCGCCGCGGAUCGCCGUCGCGGGGUUGGUGCUGCUGAUGCGCCACGCCUUCGUCGCGGCCGCAGCGCUCAGCUACCUGAGCUUAGCGAGUGCGUGGGUUGCCUGUGCAGCCUGUGCCGUCGUGGCCGUUGGAUUCGCAGCUGGACGCGGCGCCUGGUGCGAAGCUGGUUUCCUCGUGGCAUUCGCGUCUCUCAAGGUCUUGAUCCUCGCUGCCGUUCUCUUUGGUACGCUCGUCCUCGCCAUGCUGCUGGCUGUGUGUGGCAUGGCCGGAAUGGGAUUCCUCGGAUUCAGCUUUUCCUCUGACGCCAAAAAGAGUUUUGGACCGACCAAGGAGUUGAUUUCGGAGUUGCUGCAUGACACUUGCGUGCAACGGUUGCUCGCGUCUCUGACCUUCUACCUAAUAUCGAGCGUCACUUGUCUGGUUAUCGAGAGGCUGUUACCAGUGAAGGGAUCUCAGGGUGAAGAGAUUGGUUCUGUAAUUGUGACUGUGUGGUUGUUACUGUUAGGCGCCUUGGUAGUGAGUUGCUUUGUCAUGGUUCCAACUGCCGCACUGUUGAUCUGGAGGAUAAUGUGGACAGUCAAGCAGAAAAUUGAAGAGAUUGAAGCAGAACUGUUGCUGAUGUACAGUCCCUCUACCUCGGCAUUGAAGCAACAGGGUUUGGAAGACACUGAAGCAACGGUGUAGUUUGAGCAGACAAAGCUAAGAAGAGAAAUAAUUGGCUGUAACAAAUGGAGAAGGAGGUACAAUACAUUGCACUCGCUGACGGUUUUGUUUGAUCCCAACAGAUACGAGUUUCUGGGGAGGAAAAAUAUCAAGUUUUUAACAGACAUGUUGCUUUCUACUGUCACUAGAAGUUUAUCUGUCACCUGCUUCUUUCUAAGUACCUAUUAUAGCUAGUAAGAGGUUUGCCUUGUCGUUAUGAGUCUGGGAAUGAUAUGUAGGAGUAUUACUCGUUAUGCUUCAUACUCUCGCAACUCUAUGCUAUGUGUAUAUCCAUAUAUAUGGUGGAAUUGGCUUGUGUAUGAUGCGCCUUUGGGUCAAA